CUUCCUCUCCCUCCAUCUUCCUCUUUCUCGCUUUCUCUCCGAGUGACAAACACCUUCUCUGGCUUGGACACUGCCAGGCAGGCAGAAAUGGAUCGUGGAAAAUGUCUGUCUGGUUUUGACUGAUCCGCCACCUCUCUCCCCGCCUUCGACCCUUUCUCCUGGCUGCCCGUCCUGCCCGUCGUGUCAGGACCUGUGUGGGGGUCCGAGCCAGGCCGUAGACGGCCCCUCCGAUCUGGGGUGGGCAAGGGCGCCACAGUUGAGUGUGUGCGUGUGCUGAGGGGCAGAAGCAGCCCCUGGGCUCUAUGCGGGUGUGGAGGGCAGGGGGCCGGGGCAGUCGUGUGGCCGCUGGGCCUGGGACAGAGCGACGGGUGGCUCUGGGGGGGCGACCAUGGAGAAGAGCGGCUGCAUCCCCCUCUGCUGGGCCCGGGGGGCCUGCGUCUACGCACACGCUCCGCCUCUGCCAAAAUAUGACAGACAGCUAGCACCAGCCAAGGGCGGCAUGGCAUCUGCGUACAUGGAGCCUGGGCUGAACCACGCGCUGGGCUGCGGGUUCAAGUCCCGGGGUGGGCCCGGCAUGGAGCGCCCGGCGGCCAGCAUGGACCGCGUCCUCAAGAUCUUCCACUACUUUGAGAGCAACAGCGAGCCCUGCACCUGGGCCAGCAACAUACGCCACGGAGACGCCACCGACGUCAGGGGUGUCAUCCAGAAGAUCGCAGACAUCCACAAGGUGAAGUGCGUGUCGUGUCUCGGACUCCGCCUCAGCCACCUGCUGUCUGGCGAGGUCCACUGGCUCCACCCAGACCUGGGCGUGUCCCACAUCAGGGAGCGCUUUGAGCAGCAGCACCCCCUGGAGGAGUGGAGGUAUGAACUCCGGAUACGCUACCUGCCCAAAGGGUUCCUCAGCCACUUCACCGAGGACAAGCCCACGCUCAACUACUUCUACCAUCAGGUGAAGAGUGACUACAUGUUGGAAAUAGCAGAUCAUGUGGAGCAGGACAUUGCACUGAAACUGGGCUGCCUGGAAAUCAGGAGGUUCUUUAGAGAAAUGCCAGGGAACGCACUGGACAAGAAAUCAAACUAUGAAUUACUAGAAAAAGAUGUGGGCUUGAGAAGAUUCUUCCCUAAGAGCUUGUUGGACUCUCUGAAGGCUAAGACCCUCAGGAAGCUGAUCCAGCAGACCUUCAAGCAGUUCGCCAACCUGAAUGACGAGCAGAGCAUCCACAAGUUCUUCGAGAUCCUGUCCCCCAUCUACCGCUUCGACAAGGAGUGCUUCAAAUGCGCCCUGGGCUCGAGUUGGGUCAUAUCUGUGGAACUGGCCAUCGGCCCUGAGGAGGGCAUUAGCUACCUGACAGACAAAGGCUCCACGCCGACCCACCUGGCUAACUUCACCCAGGUUCAGUCCAUCCAGUACUCCAGCACUGAGGACAAGGACAGGAAAGGCAUGCUGCAACUGAACGUGGCAGGGGCUGCAGAGCCUCUGACCGUGACCACGGCCACCCUGACCACAGCCGAGAACAUGGCCGACCUCAUCGACGGCUACUGCCGCCUGGUCGGUGCCACCUCUCAGUCGUUCAUCAUACGCCUGCUGAAAGCAGAGGGAGAGAGGAAACUGCCUUCCAUCCCAAAGGUCUCCAACCACGAGAAGAGGCUUGACGGGGUCCGCACCAGGGCGGUGUGUGUCUCAGGUCACACUAGUGGGGACGAGACGGAUGAUUAUGCUGAGAUCAUAGAUGAAGAGGACACCUACACCAUGCCCUCCAGCCUCACAGGGUACUAUGGACUAGAGGAAGCCCGGGACUAUGAGAUUCAGAGGGACCGUAUCGAGCUGGGACGCUGCAUCGGAGAGGGACAGUUUGGAGAUGUUCACCAGGGAGUUUACAUGAGCCCGGAGAACCCGGCUCUGUCCGUGGCCGUCAAGACAUGCAAGAACUCCACCUCCGACAGCGUCCGAGAGAAGUUCCUCCAGGAGGCCCUGACCAUGCGUCAGUUUGACCAUCCCCACAUUGUGAAGCUCAUUGGCGUGAUAACAGAAAACCCUGUGUGGAUCAUCAUGGAGCUGUGCACUGUGGGAGAGCUGAGGUCCUUCCUGCAGGUGAGGAAGUACAACCUGGAUCUGGCCUCCCUCAUCCUGUACGCCUACCAGCUGAGCACGGCGCUCGCUUACCUGGAGAGCAAGCGCUUCGUCCACAGAGACAUUGCAGCCAGGAAUGUGCUGGUGUCCUCCGUAGACUGUGUGAAGCUGGGAGACUUUGGCCUGUCCAGAUACAUGGAGGACAGCUCCUACUACAAAGCUUCCAAAGGGAAAUUACCAAUCAAGUGGAUGGCUCCAGAGUCAAUCAACUUCAGACGCUUCACCUCAGCCAGUGACGUCUGGAUGUUCGGGGUCUGCAUGUGGGAGAUCCUCAUGUACGGCAUCAAGCCCUUCCAGGGCGUGAAGAACAACGACGUGAUUGGUCGGAUCGAGAACGGCGAGCGUCUGGCCAUGCCCCACCAGUGCCCGCCCACCCUGUACAGCCUCAUGACCAAGUGCUGGUCCUACGACCCCAGCAAGAGACCCCGCUUCACCGAGCUCAAAGUUCAGCUCAGUACAAUCCUUGAGGAGGAGAAGGUCCAGCAGAAGGAGAGGGCCAGGAUGGAGAUGAGGAGGCAGGUGACCGUGUCCUGGGACUCCGGGGGGUCUGACGAGGCUCCGCCCAAACCAAGCAGACCGGGCUACCCCAGCCCCCGCUCCAGUGAGGGCUUCUACCCCAGCCCCCAGCACAUGGGGCAGGGCCAACACAACCACUACCAGAUGGCGGGGUACCCGGGCCCCCACGGCCUGCCCUCCAUGUACCCCCCCCAGGCCUCCCACCUGGACCCCCACCACCCCCGCCACCAGGACAUGACCCACUGGGGGCCCGGCAUGGAGGACAUGCAGGGCCUGGGCCAGAGCCUGCCUCCUCUCCUGAUGGAGGAGCAGCUGAUGAUGCAGCAGCAGCAGAUGGAGGAGGACCAGAGGUGGCUGGAGCAGGAGGAACGCUUCCUGAAGCCAGAGUCGAGGAACUCCCGAGGGAGUCUGGAGAGAGAAGACUGCGCCCUCCAGGGAACAACAGGAAACCAGCACAUCUACCAGCCUGUUGGCAAACCAGAACAUGCAGCCCCCCCUAAGAAGCCCCCCCGGCCAGGAGCCCCCAGCCACCUGGGCAGUCUGGCCUGCCUCAACCCUGUGGACAGCUACAACGAAGGGGUCAAGCUCCAGCCUCAGGAGAUCAGCCCGCCCCCUACAGCCAACCUGGAUCGCUCCAAUGACAAAGUCUACGAGAAUGUGACGGGUUUGGUCAAGGCGGUUAUCGAGAUGUCCAGUAAGAUUCAGCCGGCCCCUCCAGAGGAGUAUGUUCCCAUGGUGAAGGAUGUAGGUCUGGCUCUCAGGACGUUACUUGCUACCGUUGACGAGACAAUCCCCCAGCUUCCCGCCAGCACUCACAGAGAGAUCGAGAUGGCCCAGAAGCUGUUGAACUCGGACCUGGCGGAGCUGAUCAGUAAGAUGAAGCUGGCCCAGCAGUACGUGAUGACGUCGCUGCAGCAGGACUACAAGAAGCAGAUGCUGACGGCCGCCCACGCGCUCGCCGUCGACGCCAAGAACCUGCUGGACGUCAUCGACCAGGCGCGCCUCAAGAUGAUGGGCCAGGGCCGGGGCCCCGCCCCCUCCACGCACUAGCUCC